AUGGCAAAGCAUCAGCAUCUCUUGGAUCCGAGCUUGGAAGCCUCUAAACAUGUCACACUCGGCCUCAGUGAAACUCCAGAUGCUCUACCCGGCCUCGAAUUCUUCCAGUUGAGACGAUAUGAUUUCAUCGCGAAUAUUUGGAAUCCGGAGCGUUCGAGGGAGCUGAUCUACUCCAGGGGCUGUUUCCUGCGCGCGAAGAUCUGGAUGCAGCCAUGAACCAAUCUGAACAAUGUGUGA